AUGGCCACGUUGAGGCUGCGCGCUCAGCCACAACACGGUGGAGCGGCUGCGAGCGGCUGGACGCUCACAGCCUCUUGCAGCCACAUUACAAAGCGGCCGCAGAUGCCCCAGAACACUGCGGCCGCUGAGACAGACCGGCCCAAAUAUGGGCAUCGGCCUUUGGGCAUUGCCCGGUACGGCCGACGGCCAGUCCAGCCCUGUGCGCUGGCAUCCUUGAGCUUGGACUACAAAUUCGAAGUGAUGCACACGACAGAGCUCAGCCUCAGGGUGGCGCAGGUGGAGCAGAUCAUUCAGCAGCAGCAGGACAUGUCCACAAGUCAACAGCAGGAAGUCCAAACUGCUGUGGCUCAAACAGAGAGUCUGUCAGACAAGCUGCAGUCUGAGGAGCAGAGGAGGACACUGCUGGAAGAGAAGAUAGAGGAGCUUUCCCUCACUCUGACCUCUUCACAGGAGACCAGCUCCACUCUGAUGCAGGAGAAGAACUUUCUACAACAAACCAUGGACAACAUGAUGGAGCAGCAGCGACAGGAGAAGCUGCUCCAGAAGAAGAACAAUAAAAGAGGAUGGUUCUUAUGUGGCUCUCAAGGAUCAUCCAGCCAAUAA